AUGAUGGCGUCAACUGGGAAGGAAAGUCGUCAGACCCUCGCAGAUACAUUGCUCGAUGUUGGCAAGCGCGCUUUUGACCCAACAACAGAGCCUGCAUUACGCGACCUCGCCUUGAAAGAGUUCAAUUCGCUUGUUGAAGGCAAUGUGUCAUGGAAUCUGUUACCAGCCUUGAAUGCGUUGAUCAAGCCGAACGUGGCGCCGUCAUGGCUGCAGCCGCCACUGAUGAAGAUUCUUACACAUAUCCCGCUUCGUCGUGAUGGCGUGCGUGGAACCCUCGAGUUCGUUUUUUCAGUUCAUCCGAGCAGCCAAAUGAAGGCUUCUGAUGAAACUACGCUCCACAAGACCGGUGCGAACAUCACUCAAGAGGCCUUGGCGGUGGCGACGCGAAUAAUUACGUCGCCCCCGGCGACAACGGCACCUACACAGUGGUUUGCCGGUAUCGCGCCACAGAUCCAUCAGUUAUUAGAUGGAAAUGAAGGCCCAGAGCUGUCGCGGGUCGCUGCUCAAGUCGUCAUGAUUGGUAUCUUGAGUAAAAAACAAUUUGGCGCCCCUGGUAGGUUAGCAUGA